UUUAUCUAAAUGAUUGCUUUUUAUGUGUUCAUGCUCUGCUGUCACCUGCGUGCGCUGCAACGCAUUCUUGUUUAUGAGCGCAAUAGGAAAUCUCCAAACACAACACUACUCCACGGUUCUCGCGAGACCACAUCUUCUCGUUUAGGGUCUUCUCUCCAAACCGAGGGGGGGGGGAGAUCAGCUGACCUGUCAAAAUAUCACGCAACGCGUGCGGGUGUGUUUGUUGUCCACAGCACGCUGAAGACAUGGAAGCCAAAAUGGAGCUCGCUCCUCUCAGACCGUGGGACGACUUUUUCCCCACGACGGACCGGUUCGCCAAACCAGAGUUUGGCGAUUUAGCGAAGUGGAACAAUAGAGUGAUCAGUAAUUUAAUGUACUACCAGACGAAUUAUUUCGCCGUGGCAGUGGUGGUUUUCCUCAUUGUUGGGUUCCUGAAUCCGUUUGGCAUGUUCCUGGGAGGCACUGUGGUGGCCCUGGUCUUCGGAGGUUCUGUGUGGGCCGGAGAAAACCAGUCCACAAUCAAGAACUUCAAGAGGAAGAACCCCACGCUGUUCGUGAUCGGUGUCAUGGUCACCAGCUACUUUCUGCUGUCGCUGUGUGGUGGUGUCAUGGUCUUCAUCUUUGGAAUCACUUUCCCCUUGCUGUUGAUCCUCAUCCAUGCCUCUCUAAGACUGCGCAACAUGAAAAACAGACUGGAGAACAAGAUUGAGGGUGUCGGGCUCAAGAAGACUCCAAUGGGCAUCAUCAUGGAUCUCCUAGAUCAGCAGGAGGAGAAAAUGAACAAGAUUCAGGAUUUUAUUGAGGGCAAGCUGAAGUAAGCCUCAGCAAGAGGGCGUGCCCAAGGAAAUUGUUGUCAUACAGUAUGGAUUUAGAUUAUUUUGCAUCAUUAUUUCUUCCUCAUGUGUCACAAUUUUACCAUCUGUUUGUAUUCCCUUUUUUUUAAACUCUUUGGUUGACUUUAUAAUAAUCAAAAUGUGGCAGUGUGUGCAAUCGUAGUGUGAGUAGGUAUUGAGAGGUCAUAAAAAGUUACCAAAGGUUUGAACAUUCCCAUGUCCAAAAAGGUCAUUUCUCUGGCUCCAUAUUCUACAUGACUGAGUAUUUAUUUCAGAAAAGUGCAAUAUGUAAACCGAUUUUAAUCUAUACGAUCAAUAUGUGGUAGUUUUAUUAGUUUAAUAUAAAGAAGAAGAAGAAAAAAGGCAAAUUUCAUCUCAGUUUGCUACCUCAAAUUGAGCAUGUUUGUCUUUCUUCGAGUAGACCCACGUUACUAAGAUACAGGCCUGUGCUGAAUGAGGAGCCGGUUGAGCUUAGACCAAUUUGUGUCUAAAGUGUACACGGCUUCAUCACCUGACUAAUUGACACAGGACAAUGUUUUCUCCCACCGUCUGCAGACAGUUCCUGGUCACGCUGGCUGAGUUUAACGGCCAUGAUCACAGCUAUGCAAUACUGAAAAAUGAAUGGCAAGUGCAGCUCUGUUUGUCUUCGAUGCCAUUGUAUGUGCAUGUAUGUCCGUUUUGAUAUGUUCUUCUUUUCACUGCGUAAUAUGCAGAAGGUUCUAACAUGACAGCAGGAUUUAAGUUGAUACUGAGUAAGAACCAUUUUGUGUUGGAUUUGAAUUGAACGAGCUACUCUUGAGGAAUAUACUAAUCAAGUUUAUCACGUGCUAAGUGUUUUACACUGCCGAUAUUUAUUUACAGAUGCUUUUGCACAUGCAUAUUGAUUGUGGUUUGGGCCUGCUCUGCUCAUAGGUGACACUUAUGUGUCAUAGAUGCUAUAUUAUGUAUGUGUCAUUUACAUUUUUAUGUAACAUUUCCAUCCCUGAAAAAGAAAUUGAUGAACUGGAAAUAAGACAUGGCUCUUCCCUAUUAAAUUAAUUAAACUGGAAUUAUCCGCCUGGGAAUUGUUUUCUGUUGAAGUCCUCAAGAUGAUAAACAGAAGUGCAUAAGGUUAAUCAGCCUAUUCGUUUUAGUGUUUUUUCAGUAAACCAAGGACAAAGACUUACUGAAAGAAUUAAACAGAUGCAUUUCUAAAUGGAAGCACUUGUUUCAAACAGCGCCAAGUCAUUCAUUUUCAGCUAAUUGUCAAAGGCAUGAAUUUUAAAGCACAUAACUCUCUUUACAGCUAAUGCAUUCAUCAUGUUUUUGUCAAACCUGCAGCACUUAUUUCAGGAUUUAAAACUAAUAAAAUAAAUGUUUCCUGAGGUCUUAAUCUGGUUCAGCACUGUUUGCACUAUUCUCAUGCAUAUUCAAAUAAAAAGAAGGAAAUAUAUCGAGAGGCAAAGACUGACAGCCCUCUUUUUUACCUGGCUAAUGUUUU